UUCCGUUGCACAACUUGCACUGGCGACCACAGCUGGUGUCGCCCUUGUCUCCUCAAAUCACAUCAGUCAUUGCCUUUCCACAAAAUCCAAUUUUGGAAUGGCAAGUGCUUUGAAGACGUCACUCUUUCUGCCCAAGGAUUUAUAUGGUACAUGGGCCAUGGUGGAAAGUCUUGCCCU